UUUAUUGUUUCUUCUGGAGCACCUUUUAGCAUUGUUGAUAAUUUAAAAUCUGUUGGAUUUGUUAGUCCGGAAAUUGAACUAUCUACUUCUAAUAUUAUAAAAGAUCAAAUAAAUAAAACAUAUCAUAAUUUAUUCUUUCAAUUAAAGUCAAGAGCUCAGCAGGAGAAAUCCACUACACUCUCAUUUUAUGAAAUAUAUUUAGAUAAGUUUGAUGAGUCAUAUAAAGUAAUCACUUGUAAUUGGCUAACUAAAGAUUUCGAACUUCAUAAAAUUCUACUGCUUGUAAAAAAUUAUGAUUAUUUUAAAGAUAUUAUUGAACCAUUAUUAAAGUGGGAAUUGACUAAUUUAAAAUAUUAUGAUGAUGAUUUUGCCGCCGCUAUUCAAAAUGGAGAUGGGUCAGAGUGGGAUAUACCUCCAACAUCACCAGUUGACGGUAAAGAUCCAUUUGCUUCAAUCGAAUGGAAAAACAUUUCAUCUUAUGAACUUAAUGCCUUUGAACAAAGAAUAAAUAAUAGCGGAUUUAAAUUUUAUGAUUUUGACGACAUGAAAACCAACACCGAUUCUGUCACAAAUUUAGACGAUAAGAUCAAUGAGACGACCUAUUGUUGGCCUGAUGAAAUGUUAGGUCCCUUGGCACCGAGUGAAGUUACUAUAUAUCAGCCUACUCCGUAUCAGAGUGAGGAUGAAGAUUAA